AUGGAAAAUGAGCGUCACGAGACAGCGCUGCACCACGCUGUUCAAAUUGAGGAAGGUAGAAUUAUGGGUCACAAGGAGAGAGCAUUGCUUGAUGCUGCGCACCCUGCCGGAGAAGAAAAGAGUAAGGUUGAUGCAGAUUGUGCACCAGAAGAAAAGAAUAUAGUGAAGCUGCUAAUGGGCGCUGAUCCCCAAUUGGCUAAUUAUCCUUCAGAAGGCAUUUCCCCCUUGUACCUAGCCAUCUUGCUGGAGAAGAGUACCACUGCGCUGACUCUAUACAAUAUGAGCGGCGGCAAUCUCUCCUACUCUGGAGCAGAUGGACAAAAUGCCUUACAUGCUGCUGUUCUUCGAGACAGGGACACAGUGAUGAUAGAGUUCCUUAUUCACUGGAACAAGGGCCUUACUGCACAAGUGGACAAAGAUGGGAAUACACCACUUCAUUUUGCUUCAUCACUAUUUUAUUGGACUGGCUCGUAUCUGCGUCUUGCGCUCCUCCGCAGACCCCCUUGGUGUGUUUUUGUAUGGUUUCCCUGGAAAUCUACACAGACACUCCAGAAGGUAUUCAAAGCGAACCCCACAGUAGUGUAUCAAGCAGACAAGAACGGGUCUUUUCCCAUACAUGUGGCUGCCUCUGUAGGUGCCAAAGAUGCCAUACAGUUUUUCUAUGACGAGCGUCCAGACAGUGUUGGAUUGCGUGAUGCUAAAGGAAGGACCUUCCUUCAUGUUGCUGUCAAGAAAAGAAGACUGAGCAUAGUCUUCUAUGUACGCCGGACUCGAUCUUUAGCUUGGAUUCUGAAUAUGCAAGACAACGAUGGGAAUACUGCACUGCACUUAGCUAUCCAGACUCGGAGCUUUAGGAUGUUUUGUGCUCUACUUGGGAAUCGGAAGGUGGAGUUGAAUCUAAUAAAUAACCAUGGGGAAACUCCCUGUGAUAUAUCUAGAAGUAAGAUUCCAUGCGGAAUGAAUUAUAGACAGGCAAUAUACUUUUUUUUAAUAUAUUUUCAAGCUAGUUCACCCCUUGAAUAUACUCAUAUGUUACAGACCGUUUACAUUUCAGAACCCCGAGAAUAA